AUGUGGUCUAUGGACGAACAGUAUUCUACUGCUAUUCGACCUUCAAUAAUGCCUUAUCUUGAACGUCUUGUCACAAGAGACUACAUUUGGGACCACGAACAUUUCUUUCAUAGACUUGCCACAGAACCAUUUGCCUUACUAACAACGUUAAAAUUCGGCGACUUGGAAUUUGAACCAAAAGCAAAUUAUAAACCAUUAAUGUUUGUAAGAUCUGUCAGUGGUAUUUGUUGUAUGUGGGACGAUUUUAAUAAUGUUCUUGCUGUUUUUCCUCAAUUACGUCGACUAAGUUUGUCUCUUUACGCUUAUCGUGAAAAUCCAAGAUGGGGUUCGAUUGCACCAUUAAAAUUAACUCUCAAUAAUCUUUCCGUGAAAUUUUCAAGUGAAAUGGUUACACCCGAUGAUGAUCCACCUUUUCAUCUUAUGAUUAAUACACGUUUACGUCAUGUUAAAUUGAAUGCAUCGAUAUCGAGACAAAAUGACAAUCUACUAUUGAUUGACAUUUUACCGCCAAUUGUUCAACGAAUUGAAAAUGUUAUUGAGCAAAACACAAAUGAAGAGAUGAAUGCCGACAAUAAUCAUGAUAAUCUAGAAGCACUAGUAGAAGCUCAUCUGGCUUGUCAAAAUAUUUAUCUAUGUAAUUUAUAUAUGUCGGAUGUUGGCUGGGGAUAUAUUGAUACUGAAAGUUGA